AUGUCUCUUCCUCCCGAGCUUCGGUUCCUGUGUGCGCAACUCAGUUCUACGCCUCCGACAGAUCUCCCCCGUCUUACACCUUCUCUCCUGCGAAAUGUACUUCGUUGUCGCGCUCCGCUCUCAAGUGCGGCAGGAAACGCAGCCAAAACUGAUACUUCUGCAAGCUCCGUCCUUGUUCACAAGCUGAAGACGCAGUUAACUACCCUGCUCAACGGGAAAACCCAGGAAGGAAGGCUGGUUGCUGUCAUUCUAAUCAAGGCUGUUGUCGAGGUCGGAGGAUGGGAAGUCUUGCGCGGCGCGGAAUCAUGGGUUCGAGGUCUACUCGCUCUUCUUGGUAAACCGGACAAUGCUGCAUCAAAGGAGCUAUGUAUAAUAGCACUCACCAAGAUCUAUUGUAUGACCCACCAGUAUCCAACACUUAUCCGUGAGAUUACUACGCCGACGUUGCCAACUUUUGUAACGUCCUGUCUCAAUUUAAUCUCAAAUACCUCCAGUAAGGUGGUGGAUGUACCGUCGUCGUUGGUUGAGACUGUAUUUCAAUCAUUCACCAUGCUGCUGCCCCGCCACACUACCAUUUAUCGGCCAUUUACUUCUCAAAUUCGUCUUGCAAUCAAGCCAUUCAUUGCCCCAACCUUAGAAGAUGGGCUCAUCGUAACGUCGUCGCUUAAGGGGAGUGCGCGCGAUCUCGUCGUAAUCUUGCAUCAAACUGUCCCAAAGGGUGCGGGAGGAGAAGAAUGGAGUAAAGCUGUUCGAGGACUUGUCAAGGAUAUACACGUGACGGCCGAUAAUGUAUUUCGAGCUGUCAUGGAGGACUGGGAGUCUACCGCCGGCUAUGUUGGAGAACCUGUCAAUGUUAACCAAGAGAUUUCUGGUGGUGGAGCGAACGCCGAUGACUUACCACCAUGGACUGGUGUUGCUGCAGGCGUAGAGAGAUUGACUGGCUUACUCGAAAUGCUGGCAGAGUAUUUCAGGAGUGAGACAUCGACGCCUGUCUCGAUCCCCCUUGGUGCUAUCAUGGAUGUUGUUGUUAGAAUGUUGUCAAUUGCGCUGUCAUCGUCGGACUCCUCUUCAAGGCAAGGGAGUGCACGAUUACACCCUGCCAUCGAUCGAGAUGAGAGAGAUGGCUUAUGGUGUGGCAUGCCUCAAAUUUAUGUCGCUGCGUUGGAGCUUGUCAAUGCUGUUGCUGAAAGAAUGCAGGAGGGGUUCAUGCCAAUUGCCCAGGGAAUAUUUGACCAGCUAGUGUGGGUCUACCCUUUUGGCAAGAGCACCCCUGAGUUUCGCUUAGUCACCUACGUUAUUGUUGCCAAAAUUUUGCUGCACAUUGGUCAAAGUUUUGACAGAACUCAGGCAGGAAAGCUUGGGUCAAUCAUUCGUUCUUGCUGUAAAGAUUUGCAGUCACUUGAUCCGAGCUGUCGCGGAGAUGGAGUCGAAGAAGAUACUGGAAAGCAGUCACGUCACAAUGCGAAUCAGAAUGCCGAUACAUUCCUACAGAACAAACAGAAUGCUAUUGAGGUACGAUUGGAUGAAACAAAUCUUGUCGUCGCUGCUAGGAAACUUUUAUCUCUGCUGCUCUCUCAUAUCCCCCAAGAAUUCCUCGACAUAUCACUACGGUCUUCAAUUGAACGUACUGCCAUUCUCAGCCAUGACAAGGACGCUAUGUUGUCUAGCAUCUUAAACCCCUUUGUGGGCAAGAACGGAAAAGCUUUAGCCAGCGUGCUGCCUCACCUGACCCAGGCUUUCGGAUCCGAUCAGAUAGUUGAAAUUCUCCUCCGGCCUCGCAUGCCGCUCUUGCCCUCUGCUGGUGCCCGCCUGCCCACCAACGAUGCAAUUCACGAAGAGUCUGAGGAUGAAGAUAUGGGACUACAAACGAAGCUUAAUCCUAUACAAGGGAACCUAAAUGAGCAUAAUACCCUUAUUGAUGAGCAUGCUGUCUCUGAAUACCCGGGACUCGGCCCUGCUGUCCAUACUUCCUCUCACGAUGCUGCUCCUGGACCAAUAAACUUCGACCUUCCGUCAUAUAACCCCGUCGCCGCCCACAAUUCAACAACCAUGGACGAGACAAUGUUGGAACCGAACCUGAACCAUCCUCGUCAGCCAAUAGGGAUGGAAGACACUCGGAUGGAGGACGAAUCAUCGGACGAAGAAAGUGCGCACCUAAACAUGUCGCUGGAUGGGAUGGACUCUGACUCGGAGUAG